UUCCUAAACAAGCAAGCAGGAACACAUAUAGCCCUGAAUCAGACUGUUGCCUCUCAGCCCUUGCUCCUCUGGCCACAGCAGGAACGGGAGGCUCCUGGAAGGCCCCAAGUCCUUGCCAGCUCUUCCAUGAGCACACCCUGGUCCUGAGGCCUCUGAGAUCUCUCCAUGCAGGAGCAGUCAAGAACUCCGGAGGCAGCAGCAAUGUUGGCCACACCACCCGCCCCACCAUCUCCAGCCCCUCUGCCCAGCCAGCCGCUGGUCCCUUCACUGCCAGUGUUUGUGGAUCAUGCAAAACAACCAAGCAAGGAGCUCAUUAAGCCCAAAGCAAUUUUAGGGCGCCCAGUAGAGAGACCAACGGAUGCUGCUGCUGCUGCUGCUGCUGCUGCUGCUGCUGCUGCUGCUGGUACUGUUGGUGCUUUUGGUGCUGUUGGUGCUAUUGGUGCAGUUGAUGCAGUUGCUGCUGCUUCUGAGUGCCCGGGACCAAGUGCCAGGGAAGUCGGAGUCAAAAAUCAUCGUUGUCAGCGGAUCCGAGCCAGCCGAGAAGCAGGCUCACAGUUUGCCAUGGAGGGCUUGGAUGAUAGACUGAUCCUGAACGUGGGGGGCAUGCGCCAUGAGACCUACAUCAGCACUGUGCGGGCCUUCCCAGGCACCCGUCUCUACAAGCUGACCGAGCCACCCCCACCUGGCACCCCAGCUGCUCAGGGUCCACCAGUUCGAGAGUUUUUCUUUGACCGAAAUCCUGAACUCUUUGGCUACGUGCUAGGCUACUACCGUACUCGGCAGCUGCACUGCCCUGCCAACGUUUGUCGGGAUGUCCUAGAGGAGGAGUUGGCUUAUUGGGGCCUGGCUGAAGCACCGCUGGCACCUUGCUGCUGGCUCAAGCUGAGUGGCAAGGAGACCCAAACCCAGGACUUUCUGUCUUGGGAGGUCUGUGAGAAUGCCCACAUGGAUGAACGCCUUUUGCUGAACCCCAUUGAAGGCCAGAGACUGCGGAAUGCUUGGAAGCCAUGGCUCUGGGUGCUUCUUGACCAACCCCAAUCUUCCUUAGGGGCCAAGUGCCUUUCCCUGAUCUCCACACUCUUUGCCGUGUGUGCUCUGGUCAUCUUCUUCCAGGAGACGGAGGUCCAGCUGGAUUACUUCUCUGCCAACUUCACUCCUAUGGGACAUGGGGUAGCGGUAGGGGGAAACCAUCAGGAGCGGCAGAACAAUGGUCUUGUUUACCGCCGUGCCCCCCACCUACUCUACCUGGAACUGCUCUGUGCCCUUUGGUUUGGAACUGAGUUCUUUGCCCGGGCCAUUUCCUGCCCUGAUAAGGUGCGCUUCCUGUGUAGCCCUCUCAAUCUAGCUGAUAUUUUCUGUCUUUUCCCUGUGCUGGUAGAAUUGGUGGUGGGUGACAAGGCUGAACAGCAACCCCUUCUCAGCCUAACACUUGGGGCCAUUCGUUCUCUCUAUGUCCUCAAACUAGUUCGUCUCCUGGGCUUCCUUGAAAAGUCCCUGGCCAUGAGAGUCCUAGUUCACACCCUUCAUUCUUCUUGGAAGGAGAUGUGUGCUUUUCUCCUGAUUUGGAUAGCUGAGAUCUUAUUCUUUGGCUUGCUCUUCCUCUAUGGGGAGCUCUUGGGCAUGUCCACCACAGGUCAGGGUGAGCCCCAUUUUGCAGACAUCUUUACAUGUCUCUGGUGGACUGUCAUAACUCUCACCACUGUUGGCUAUGGAGACGUCUAUCCCCUCUCUUCUCUGGGCCAGCUCACUGCUGCUGUCACAGCCACGAUGGGCAUGUGCACUGGUGUCUUGCUGGUGCCUGUGCUCCUUGUCGUUUCCAACGCUAUUAUGCUGUAGCUCUGGCCCACCAGAAACUGAGGCCCAAUGGCAUCCUGUAAUGGGCCCAUUGGUUAAGAGGGGUAGACCCCACCAUCCCUACCUUCCUCUUGCCAGUUUUUGGUUAAAAGAUAAGGAUUUCUAAACCUGGAUUUGGCAAAGAAUCCUUCAAGAGAAGUCCCAGGUUAUGGCAAUCUCUGCUAGUCAGUAUUAGCUAGCAUUAGCCUGAAGGGUAGACUCCCCAUUAUCAGGUGGGCAUCCUGAAGGAAGGGGCUUAGGGGCAAGGCCAGCUAGGCCUCAGCUUCCCCCCUGUCCCACCCUAGGCCUUUCUCUUAAUUCCUGAAGUGACCAGGAAUUAUAGAGGAUAGUUCUCCCUGGAUUGGUGCUAUAACCCUCUCUCACCCAGCUCCCCUCUCCCAUCCCUUUAUCCCUUUCUCCCUUCCCCCCAACUAGACCAUAGUUUAGAUGGGGGACUUUUGAAUCAUGAUAGCAAUAAGAUAUUAACAUCAAUGGAUAUCAAUGGUGAUUGCCUGUGGGUGUUAAUAGCAAUGGUUUGUGGAUAUAUGACAGCAACUGGUUAUGAGUAUUGAUGGCAAUCGGUACCAACAGUGCCCAGGCAUAGCCAGAUUGUAGCAUUGAUCUACAUACUGGCUCUGGGACAAAUGCUCCAUAGAGCCAUAAGGAGGCCUUUGAAGCCUUCUCAUAAACUCCAAACAGAUGUGGAUCAGCCAGGUCUGAAUUUGGGAAAGCACUCUAACUUCCUGGCUUUCUUAUUAUUCCAGUAUAUCUUUCCCUACUCCUUCCCUCUUUUCCCAUCUCAGUGAUUUUUUUUCCAUAAUAUUUUAGAUAUAGUAUUAACUAUCAUUAACCACAAUAUAUUAGUCAAUAUUAACCAUGCUAUCUCAGCUACAAUAACAAUAUGUAGUCACUAAUAGACAUGAAAUAUUAUUGCUGCACAUUGAAUAAGUUGGAUCAAGGAAAUUGAAUUUGUUGGCAAGAAAAGGCAAGUGAUUUCCACUUCCAGAUUUUUAAAAAUAUAUUUUUGGAUAUACGCAUUUACAAUUCUUUUUAAAAAUUUCCAAACGAUUUUUAGUACCCACAACGGGUCUACCUCCAACCCUUGCUGCUAUUGAUUAUUCCCUCUUUUCCACCUCGUGUCCUCCUUUUUCUACUACCUGUAUGCUCUUCACUCCUGGCUUUUCCUGUGGUGCCAACAACCAUGUACCUCUCCUGGAACUGGCUUCCAGGAGGGAGAGAAGGGACCUCCUCAGGUCUGACUUCAAGCUUCUGAGGCGUCUGAGGAAGUGCUCCAGGCAACUGAGCUGAUCAGGGAGGUUUAAUUGAACUCUCACUGUUGCUGAAGCUGUGAGCAUAAUUCUGUUUACAAAACUUUUAAAUAAAAUAUACUUUGAACUCUC